GUCGACUCGAUACUCGCGGACGUCUUCCGCAUCACGACCGGCUUUCGACCCGCGCAGAGGGGCGUCAUCAACGCCACGCUGAGCGGCCGCGACGUCUUCGUGGUCAUGCCCGCGGGCGGGGGCAAAUCGCUGACCUACCAGCUCCCGGCCAUCAUCGACGCCCCGAAACUCACGCUCGUCGUCUCCCCGCUCCUGUCCCUCAUCGAGGACCAGGUGGAGCAGAUGAACGCGAUCGGCGUCGGCGCUCGAGCGCUCACCGCGGCGACGUCUUCGGAGGAACAGAACGAGACGCUGCGACUGCUGGACGACCCGGAGACUCGACCCGACCCGACGCCCCCGCGGCUGUGCCUGCUGUACGUGACGCCCGAGAAGGUGGCGAAGAGCAAGCGGCUCAUCACCAAGCUGGAGAAGGCGCACAGGGCCGGUCGCCUCGCCAGGGUGGUGCUCGACGAGGCGCACUGCGUGAGCGCGUGGGGUCACGAGUUCCGGCCGGAUUACCGGAAGCUGGGCAUCUUCAAGACGCAGUUUCCGAGCGUGCCCGUGCUGGCGUGCACGGCGACGGCGACGCCAAGGGUUCAGCGCGACGUGAUAGACGUGCUGCAGAUCCGCGGGUGCGCCAAGUUCAGGACCUCCGUCCAGCGCCCAAACCUGCGUUACGAGGUUGUGCUCAAGCCGAGCGCCAAGAAGGAUUCGGAUGACCUACUCUGCCGCAUCGUGCUCGGAGCCAUGGGGCCGGAUGCAACGCCGAAGCCCAACUGCGGCGCCGCCAUCGUCUACUGCUUCAGCCAACGGGAGGCGGAGCAGUGCGCCGAGGUUUUGACCAACGGCGGCAUCACGUCACUCCCGUACCACGCCGGGUACACCGAGGAGUCGCGUCGGGCGGUGCACACGAGGUGGAGCCGGGGUGACUCUGUUCGGGUGAUGUGCGCCACCGUGGCGUUCGGCAUGGGCGUCAACAAGCCCGACGUUCGCCUGGUCGUGCAUCACACCGUGUCGAAGAGCGUGGAGUCGUACUACCAGGAGAGCGGGCGCGCGGGACGGGACGGCAAACGCGCGAGGUGCGUCGUGAUGUGGCGCCCCGCGGACGUUCCGAGGCAGUCGUCCAUGGUGGCGUUUGACGCCGGGUCGGAAAAUUUGGGUAACCUGUAUCGCUCCUGUCGAUGGCUGACGAGCACGGGGUGCCGAAGGGCGUCGCUCGCGGCGCACUUUGGGGAGACGACGAGGGAAACCGCGGGGUCGGUGGCGGAGUGCUUCAUGCGGCUGGUGGAGAAGGACCCGGACAAGCCCGUGACGAUGUUGCAGCUCGCGAGCGAGUGGAUCAAGCACGCCAAGUCCGAGGCGAGGGACGAGCUGAGGGACGCGGGGAGCGGCGGGGUGGUCGGUAAGGUGCCGCUGGGCGCGUGGCAGCGGGCGAUUGGUCUCCUGGACAAAGACGGAGCCGAGGCUUUCGUGUGCCACAUGGUGAUGCACGGCGUGCUGACGGAGCACUGGCAGCACACCGCGUACAGCACGAACGCGUACGUGCGCGCCGGUGAGGUGGAACCCGACGAGUGCCCCGAGUUCAGCCUCGUUCGCAAGUACAAGGGAGAGGAGUAG